UUAAAAGUCGCUCUCGGCAGAUCAAAGCAAGUCCCUCCUUUCGCUUUGUCCACAUAGUCGAACGGGGCAACUAUGGGUAUCAGCCGGGACAGCCGUCACAAGCGCGCGCACACUGGUGCCAAGCGGGCCCAGUACCGCAAGAAGAGGAAGUUCGAACUUGGUCGUCAGGCUGCCAACACCAAGAUUGGUGCCAAGCGUAUUCACACCGUCCGUGUGCGUGGUGGAAACAUCAAGUUCAGGGCCUUGCGCUUGGACACUGGUAACUUCUCGUGGGGAUCUGAGGCUUCCACCCGCAAGGCUCGUAUCAUCCGGGUCGUGUACAACGCCUCGAACAACGAGCUUGUUCGUACCAACACCUUGGUGAAGGGUGCUAUCAUUGAGAUCGACGCUGCUCCCUUCCGUCAAUGGUACGAGUCCCACUACGCCAUUCCCAUCGGCCGUAGGGCACAAAAGACCGGUGCGGAGGCGACCGCUGAGGACCCUCUCAACAAGAAGCGCUCCAACCACGUUCUCCGCAAGAUUGAAUCCCGCAAGGAGCAGUCCAAGGUUGACCAGGCUCUUGCGGACCAGUUCGCUGCUGGUCGUGUUCUUGCACGUAUCUCCUCCCGCCCUGGUCAGUCUGGCCGUGCUGAUGGAUACAUUUUGGAGGGGAAGGAGUUGGACUUCUACGUUCGUAGGUUGAAGGCUCGUAAGGCAUAAGAGAAUUACAAUUCCAUUUAUUUGUGUACAGAACAUGCCCUUUGGUUGCGUGACCGUUGUGUUGUUGUGAUUGCAUUAUAUUGUUGCCGCAUGUCUUUUUAAAGAUGGUUUGCUCCUGAUUGGAAGUUCCUACUG